AUGGCCUCUCGCCUAUCACAGUAUGGUGGCCAUAGCAAUGAUCCCCAAACUCUAUGGUCAAAGCAGCAGCAGCAGCAGCAACAGCCUCACCACCCGCCUCACCACCCUCCACACCACCCUCCUCACGCUAAUGCCCGAGAGGCAUCAACCUAUCAAGUCAUUAAAAGAGAUGAGCUCGAUCAUCGUCCAGUGUCUGUAACAAGCCAUACAUCAAGUGAAACAGAAGACUCACAAAAUCGUGACAGUUUAACCACUGUCCUUCUCCCGUCAUCCCCUCUGGCAUCCUCAGUUAAACUGAACAAGAGGGACCAGGUAGCCAUCGACCUCUCCUCCUUGCCAGACAUCAGCACAGAGCGGGCCCGUUUCAGGACACUUGAAGAAAGCAGGCGUCAAAUCUUUACAAAACGAUUCCCCAGCGCGCCUUACAAACCGAUCAAGCCCCUGACACGGAAGCCGUUCUGCGCGUUGUUUUGGAAGAGUGUGCUCGUUUUCUUUGGUGCACUGCUCACUUUCUUUCCUGUCUAUGCGUUCCUUAUUGCUUUCUUCCCGAUUUGCGUGUUCCUCAAGAUGGUUUUGGCUUCUUGCUGUUGCUGCUGCCAGGACUCACACGCAUGCACAUGCUGCUGUGCUACACACUUGACCCCGCAGGAGAAGAUGUGGCUGCGAUCACCGCCUUUGAACAGCGCUGUCAUCCAGAGUCUGCUUAUUGUCGAGCAAGGCCUGGACACGCCCACCAUCAAGGAUCUUCUCUACACUCGCUUGAUCAUUGCCGAGAAGCGACGCAAUCAUGCCACUUUCCCGCGGCUCGUUCAAAAAGUCGUGCCUUACUGUGCAGGCUAUGCAUGGGUGUAUGACGAGGAUUUCAAUCUAGAAAAUCAUAUUCAUACUCUUUCGGACUUCAUCCACACGGAGGAAGAACUGCAGGAUUUUGUCUCUGAGAUGGCCAGUAAAGAGCUCAAUAUGAACCACCCUCUCUGGGAGGUGCAAAUCAUACACAACUUUGGUCCGAGCAGGGAAACACUCAUUCUCUUCCGCAUCCAUCCUUGCUUGGCCGACGGCACAAGCCUUGUUCAUGUGUUCUUAAAAGCGUUUGUUGAUAACCAGCCAAACUUCGGCCCGGCUCGGAAGUUCGCAAAAGGCCGCGUUUGUCUGAAUUAUCUAUGCGGCUUCCUACUAGGGCCGUUGAUAUUCUUACGGAAGUGGCUCUGCACGAACUCGGACUUCAACCUGCUACACGGGAACCACGUGCAUUUGUCUGGCCGGAAAAUUGUGGCCUGGUCGCAGCCGUUCAACCUAUCGGUGGCGACUCGCGUAAAACAGAUUGCUAGAUGCACUUUGAACGAUCUUUUCAUGUCACUUGUAGCCGGCGGUCUGCGUUCAUAUCUACAACAGAACGGCAUUGGUAACCCAUACAACCUCAAGUGUAUCAUUCCUGUCAACCUGCGAACGCACACAAACAACCUGAGUGCCCAUUAUGUCUUUAUCAACAGCUCCAUUCCAACCAAUACCGAAGGUGCCAUCCCUCGUCUUUGGAGGGUCAAAUGUAGCAUGAACGAAUUCAAAUCAUCGUCAGAGCACCUGGUGUUAAACGGAGCUACGUGGGUUACUAGCCACAUGCUGCCCGAGAGUUGGCACAAUCGUAUAUGGUCAGGAAUUAAUAACCAUUGCACAUGCCUGAUCUCUAAUAUGGCAGGGCCUGAAAAUAUGCUGACCUUGGACGCUAAGGUGAUACGCAGUAUCAUGUACUGGAUGCCGACACCUGACCAAGUGCCCAUAUCUGUAUCUUUUUUCACCUACGCUGAACAGUUACGAAUGUCUGUGAUAGGGGACCGUUCUGUGCUUCCCAACCCAGAGUUCCUUACCAAGUAUUUUGUGUUUCAGUUACGCCAACUGUCCAACUUAGUUGCCCAUCGUCGAGUGCCUGGGGAACAGAUUUGUCAGAGGCUGGAGAACAUGCACCUCUGUGAGACAUCGGAAGACAUGUCUGUCCACCAACCACACUACAUCUGUCUGUCACGUACUUGGUUCAAAAAUCUUUUAUUAUUUUAUCCUCUAUUUUUUAUUUCUUUAAUUUGCUCCUUCUCUUUCUCUUUCUUCUUCUCUUUCUUUUCUUUUCUUCUUCUUUUUCUCUUUCUUUUCCUUUCUUCUUUGUCUCUUUCUUUUCUUUUCUUCUUCUUCUUCUUCUCUUUCUUUUCUUCUCUUUCUUUUCCUUUCUUCUUCUUCUCUUUCUUUUUCACUUUCUUUUCCUUUCUUCUUCAUCUCUUUCUUUUCUUUUCUUCUUCUCUUUCUUCUUAUUCUUCUCUUUCUUUUCUUCUCUUUCUUUUCUUCUCUUUCUUUCUUUCUUUCUUUCUUCUUUUUCUUAUCUUUCUUUUCCUUUCUUUUUGUCUUUUUCUUUCUUAUUUUUCUUCUCUUUCUUUUCCUUUCAUCUUUUUCUUCUUUCUUUUCUAUUAUUUCUUCAUCUUCUAUUUACUUCUCCUCUUUCAACCUUCUUUAUAUUUCUUGCUUCCUUCUCUCUUUUCUCCUCUUUUCCUCCUCCUCCUCCUCUUUUCUUUAUCCUGUCUUUUUCUAACAAUAAGUCUUUUCUUUCUUCUUUUUUCUUCUUCUUCUUCUUCUUCUUCUUCUUCUUUCAAUCUUCCCUUCUCAUUCAUCUUUUAUCUAAUCUUCUUUUUCUUCUUCACCUUUAAUCCUCACUCUUUCCACUUCUUUCUCCUCUUUUCUUAUUCUUCCCAUUCUCUUCCUCUUUAA